UGUAAGCAUAACUAGGUCCCACAUGGCCUGUAAAAUUAAGCUUCCUUAAUGUUCAAACUCAUAUUAUCUUAAAGUGGUGUUAUUCAAGAUCUAUCAUUUGAUGAGUCGAGAAUAUUUCCGCUAACGUUCAACAAUCAUAUUUGAUUAAAUUAUUCGAUUUUAGAGAAGUAGAAGUAGAGAUUUUGUUUAGAAUUUGUUGAUUUGAAUAAGUCUUUGUUGCAAAUUACUUUCUUUGUAUGAACUGGGCAGUUGAGAUUAUUCUUAUAUAAAACUAUUAUCCUGUUGUGAAAAAUUGCUUUUGACAAAAAAUUUGCGUUUGCUUUCAAAAUACUCUAGUUACCGCCAACUACAUGAACUUAAUUCUAAAUACUGCUUAUAUCAAUUGUCAGCGGAAUUUAGCUUGAUCAUGUUUCUGUCACAUUUAAAACUUGUUUUAAAGAGAACACCUAAAACCAUUCAUUCAUGUGUUAAGAAAUAUGCUCACAAAAUAAACACAAAGGAACAACGGUGUCAUAAAACGUUAUUCUCUGUAACCUUGGUACCAGAGCCUCACCAGCAACUUCCACAUUCAGAACCUCAAAGACUUUUGGAAGAUAGAAAACAAGAUGAUUGUUUUCCUCAAAGCUCCAGAAGUGAAGUUCCUUCUCUUUUUACAAGGCCUCUUGCUCCAGAGGAUUUGAACAAAAUUUAUUCUGACGAAGAUUCAUCAUUACCACCCUUGUUUGUUACUUGCUCAGGAUGUGGAUCACCGUUACAUAGUAAAGCUGCAGGUUACCCAGGUUUUAUACCUGCGACUGAAUAUAAAAACAUCAUAUCAGAUACCGGGAGAUCAUCUCGUUCUAAAUCCAGAAAACCUAUCUUCAAUCUUUGUGUACGUUGUAAUCUACUCCAAAAGCAUAUUGAAGCCUCGAAAGAAACAGUAAAUGAGUCGUGCUUUUUUACUAAAGUAAUCCAGGAAAUCCAAAAAUAUGACGAUGCGGUUGUAAUCAUAAUUGCCGACGUGGUUAAUCUUCCACAUUCUUUAAUUCCGGAAUUACAUACAGAAUUAAAAGGUAAAAGAUAUAUACUUGUUGGCAACAAGGCUGACCAGUUACCAGGUGACGGACCGAAUUUUCUAGAGAGGUGGCGUUCAGUGUUGUUGGAAGCAGCGAUUUCGAGGAGCAAAAUACCGGAAGAGAGUAUUAACAAUAUUUUCCUCGUUAGUGCAUUGACUGGUUAUGGUAUACCAGAAAUGAUCGAUUUUCUGUUAUCUAAACGUUUUCAUUCUAAAAGUCCAAUAUAUUUGAUAGGUUCUACAAAUGUUGGAAAGUCUAGUUUAUUCAAUCGAUUAUUAUUGUCUGAUUUAUGUAAAUCAGAAGCUAAAGAAUCAAUUCAUCGAGCUGUAAUAUCUACAUGGCCAGGUACUACAUCGGGUCUCUUAAGUUUCCCGGUAACUAUAAUGAAUUCAGCUAAACGUGGUCAACGUAUACAGUCUCGUUAUGAACGAUCACAUAAAAAGAAUAUCCAACAUAAAGAAUUCAAUUCAUCACAUGGCUUCCGAUAUUUGAAACCAAAAGAAAUCAUUUCUAGUAUUUGUAAUGAACGUUCGUCAAACUAUCGUGCAGCACAAAAAGCUCGUGAAACAUUGCCAGACUUGUCUACUAUGCCGACAUAUACAUGGAAAUUGAAUGAAGAUCCCGAUUCCAGUAACUCUGGAGUUUGUAUUGGCAGUGAGUUCGGAUUAGAACAAUUGACUGCCCGAUUAUUUCAAGGAAAUGUUUUCAUUGAUCAGGCUACAUGGGACGGAGAUCAAGGCACUCGUUUAUUAACAAAUGUAUUAGAUGCACGAUAUUUUAAUGAUCAUGCAUGGUGUUAUGAUACUCCAGGUGUAUUUUGUAAAGAUCAGAUUCUUAACUACUUAUCAUCAAACUUAUUACAUUCUAUGGCUAAUUACAAAUCCGAAGGAACUGGUAUUUAUCAUUUACCAAAUGGUGUAAAUAAUAAAGUUUUAAUUCCUCGUACAUUUGUUAUGCGACCGGGUUUGACACUUUUAAUGGGAUUACUUGGUCGUUUAGAUGUUUUACAAGCUCCAAACUCUGUUUAUUUUACCACUUUUUCACAUCUUCCAAUUCAUAUUGUAUCAAUAGAAGAAGUUGAUGAGUAUAGAAAUCGAUUUUUCAAAUUUCUUAUGCCAAAAAUUAAAAAUAAUUCUGUUCAUAUUAAUGAUAAUUAUAAUAAUACUACUACUGCUGGACCUUGUGGUUUAUUACCACCGAUGCAAUCAAAAGCUCUUGAUCCUAUUGAAGCUGUACCUAAUUUAGAUCAAUCUAAUGUAGAUGUGGUUUUAUCUGGAGCAGGAUGGAUUAGUAUAGCUGGUUUACCAAAGAGAACUCAAAAAUUAUCAGAUGAAAAUAAUUUCAAUGAAAUAUCCACUGAAAAUGAUAUUGUCAAUGAAAACAAUGAUAAUGAUAAUAAUGAUAAUAAUGAAUUAUUUUGUAAUGAUAUUUUAUUAUCAGCUUGGACUCCUGGAGCUUUAGGUAUUUCAAUGCGUAAACCACUUAUUCCAUAUGCUAUUAAACGUCGCGGUCAUCGUUUAAGAUGGUUAAGAGAAUUCUCAGGCAUUCAAUGAUCAUUAAUUAUAGUUGUAAAUAGUUUUUCUUUUGUAUAUUAC